AUGCAAAUCACGUCCUCAGCGAAUUCAAUAACACGCGAGUCAACGAGGAACUUUUCCUUUCACUCGAAAUUCAGUGGGAAUGAAGGCGUGGUCCGAAGACCAGCAAUUCAGAAGCAGUUCUACGACAUUGAGGAGCGAGUGAUUGUCCGUCCAGCAGGAUCAGCAGUAGUCGAGUUGGACGAGCCGACGUCAAAGCUCCAACGUGGACCAGCAGUAGUGCAGCCCCUGGAUGUCAGUCACUACUCAGCAGUUUCUCCAGUAACUCACAAUCUUGUGGCACAAGCGGCGUCAUUUGCUCAUGCUCCAUCAUCACCCACGACCAUUCCCUUCGUCGCUCAUGCUCCAGUGCACGUGACGGUUGCACCAGUCAUUUCUCAUGCACCAGUCUCCCAUUACCCGUCAUCCACCUCCGCUCCAGCUCUCGCUGAUUCUCAGGGGGAGAGUCAAUCCGAGGGCGAUCAAUCGGUUACCGUUGAGAAUCCUGAUUUCAGAGGUGCACAAUUCACUCAGGGAUUAUUCAAGGCUGCGGCGGAGGGUGAGAAAGCAGCGACCAGAGCACAGGAGAGAAUGCAACAGGAGUAUUUCCAAAGUUUAACGAAAUCUCAGGUGAAUUCAUUCAGUCAAUCCCAGAUCUCGGACAUACAGAUAAAAUCAAAUGGUGAGCAGUCCAGCCCAUCCCGUUUCAUCGCUCACGAUCCGACCCCAAGUCCCUCGGUUGUCCCAAGUGUUCGCGGAUCACCCGAGGAGAACAAGAGCAAUCAACAGAAGCUCAUCGACCUUCUGACAGCUCGUGGUGGAGUUGCUGAUAUUGGCUUUGGUCGUGAUGGAGUGUCAUCAUCUGUUGGGGAUGCCGGUCACGUUCGUGCUCGGGUUAUAUCAGCGACUCCUGCACCCGAUUAUGCCGAGCCAACGGGUGAGCGUGUGUCAACUCGUCGAGUUGUGGUGAGCAGACCCAUCGAGACACUCCAGGAAGUUGACGUACUGGAGCCAGCAACGAAAUACGAGAGAAUAUCUGUUCACCAUCCGACUUUGAUAAAAACAGCUAGACUAGAUCACAUUCAAGUCCACGGAUCCGUUCCCGUCGUCGGCAAAGCCCUCACCCCCGCCGUUGCUCAUGCCGCUGUUCCUGUCUAUCAGAAAACCGUAUCUCCAGCUUAUGCGUACUGAAUACUCAUUCAAAAUUAUCUGAAUGAAUUUUGUAGAAAGGAAUAAUCAU